AUGGAGGCCAAAAAGAUCGUCGACAACGUCCAGGGCAUAUACGGCGGCCAGACAACGAGCGGCACCCUACGCUUGACCGAUUUCCAUAUUGUCUUUUGCGCACCGGCCCCUGAAUCCGACGACGCUCCUAAAGAAGAUCCGCCCAAGCCGCCCAAGACUCGAGAAAGAUGGCUCACAUAUCCGAUGCUCUCGCAGUGCACGUUCCGACCCGUCCCUCCCACGUCCCGUCAAGCACCAUCGAUUCGCAUCCGUUGCCGCGACUUUACCUUUGUCACGUUCAACUUUGCCGAUAGCGAUGUUGCAAAAGAAGCAUUUGAUUUUAUAAAGACACGGACUGCCAAACUAGGCAGCGUGGAGAAGCUGUUUGCCUUUAGCCAUAAGCCACUAAAGAAUGAAAAGGCUUGCGAUGGAUGGAACUUUUACGAUCCUCGAGCCGAGUUUAGACGCCAGGGCAUCAGCGAGAAGCUACCGGACAAGGGAUGGCGAGUGACCACGAUAAACAAGGACUACACUUUCUGCGAUACGUACCCGGCGUUCCUUGUCGUGCCGUCCAAGAUAUCCGACAACGUUCUCAAAUAUGCAAAGGACUUUCGGUCUCGAAACAGAAUCCCUGCCCUAUCUUAUAUCCACCCCGUCAAUAACUGCACAAUCACUCGCAGCUCGCAGCCUCUGUCUGGAAUUACAAGGAAAACAAAUGUGCAGGAUGAGAAGCUGGUCGCUGCGUCCUUCUCAGCGUCCAUGCCAGAAGGAUCUGGUGCGCAGACGCCAGUCUCUAGCCAGUUAGACCUCUCCAACACGCCGUCUACAGUCGAACCGGAGCUGUCGGAAACAGAGCGCUAUGAAGAUGAUCUGAUUGCCAAGUCGGCAGCGAUAUUUGACGCAAAGACGGGAAAGCGCUUGAUAUACGGUGCUCAGCAGAGCAACCUAAUUGUCGACGCUCGACCAACCAUUAACGCCAUGGUCAACCAGGUGCAGGGCAUGGGCUCGGAAAACAUGGACAAGUACAAAUUUGCCCGCAAAAUCUUCCUCAACAUUGAAAAUAUUCAUGUCAUGCGCAGCUCCCUCAGCAAGGUUGUCGAUUCGCUCAAGGACGCCGACAUCUCGCCACUGCCGCCAAACCGCGAAUUGCUUCACAACAGCGGCUGGCUGAAACACAUCCAUGACGUCCUCGACGGAUCAGCCAUUAUUGCAAGACAAGUCGGUAUCAACCACUCACACGUCCUGAUCCACUGCUCCGAUGGCUGGGACCGCACUAGCCAGCUGAGCGCUCUGUCGCAAAUCAUGCUGGACCCGUACUACCGAACCAUGGAGGGCUUCAUUGUUCUUGUAGAAAAGGAUUGGUUGUCUUUUGGCCACAUGUUUAGAUUACGAUCUGGCCACCUCAACCAUGAAGACUGGUUCACCACCCAACGAGACGCCUUUGCAGGCACCAAGGUCCAGCCUGGCGAGAAUGACGGCGUCAACGAGACAUUCCAAAACGUUCUCAGCGGCGCUAAGCGCUUCUUUAACCAGAACAAGGACGACGUAGACAUGUCCAACAGCGACGAGACGGCAUCUGUCAAAACAGUUGACACCCAAGCCACUACGCCAAAGAUGGUCAGUCCCGUCUUCCACCAAUUCCUCGACUGCACGUACCAGCUUGUCAAGCAAAACCCGAAGCGCUUCGAGUACAAUGAACGCUUCCUCCGCCGUCUCCUCUACCAUCUCUACUCGUGUCAGUACGGCACAUUCCUUUACAACUCGGAAAAGCAGCGUGUCGAUGCCAAGGUUGCUGAGCGCACAUCCUCUGUCUGGGACUACUUCCUGUGCCGCAAGCAAGAGUUUACGAAUCCCGACUACGACUCCACUAUUGACGAUCAUAUCAAGGGCCAAGAACGCAUUCUAUUGCCCCGUCUCAAGGACAUCCGCUGGUGGUAUCAGUUAUUCGGUCGUACUGAUGAUGAGAUGAACGCGGGUCUUAAUGCUGCUGCUGCCGCUGAGACGGAGCGCAUGGCUGCCGUAUCGUCCCUCAAUUAUCCCUCUGUCGUGACAGAGGAACCCACUCAAGGCGGCGCAUCUCCUCGCAUUGCGCCUCUCACGUCUAGCCAGUCUGUGCUGACGUCUGUCGAGACGGCCCAUGAGUCCCUUACACCUGCCGCUGCCAAUCCCUCGCUUCAAAGAAGCGCAUCAGCAGAGGGCAUGCGCGCCUUUACGGCCAUCAAGGAAGGAUUUGCUGGCCUAAAUAUCGGGCGAGGAAUGCUGAGCAACUUGGGCAUUACUGAGGAGCCAGAGCCAGCGCCUGCGACCAAAACGCAGCCUGCGAACCAGGAAAUGCGAGAGAUGGCGUAA